UGCAGUACAUGCCGGCGCUUGCGCAUUCAGUGCCCAGUGAUCGCUCAUCCGAUUCGUUGAUUUUCGCGAAGCAUUUUCUAACUUGCCCAGUUUACAAGGAAGUGUUUGUUCGCGUGUUAAUCGAUACCUAUUUUACGUAAUUGGACGAUCAUUUUAAGAUAUUGCGAUGUGUGUGAAAUCGUAACAGCCUUCACGGAUUAUAGCUUAUUGGAACAAAUUGGCAAUGCAUUAAUAAUUGAGAAACGUGCACGAUGUUUAAAACAAACAUGUUUGUAGUGACAUUAUUUGUGCUGGUGUAUGUUGUAUGUGGGAAAGUGAACAGCACCGAUGUGACAAGUUCCCGGAUGGCGUGGAUGAAAGGUCUGUUGGACCACCACGAUUGGAUGGAGAUACUGGAUGGAAACCAUACAGUGCCUCGGGAGUGCGAGUCUGAUUUGAGGCAGUACAUUACUGCUCUGAACGAGGGUUCGCUGUGGGCUUCAAAAAUUUACGACGCAUCGGGUCAAUACAGUCCAAACAUUCUGUUUGGCAACGAAUACUGGAUGGGGUCGAUCAAUGCGUGCCACGAUCUACAACUCAAGCAGUACUACGCGCAAACGCCCCCCUUCCCCACUACCUUCCACGUAGCCAAGAUAAACUUGACCGUCGAUAGAGACCACAUACCACAGGCUCGGUUGAUGUUGGUUGGCCAAUGCGUGCCAGCCGCAUGCAACAAGGAUGCGGUCAAAGCAAUCCUGGACGCAGCCGAAUUAAUUGUAUCAAACCGAGCUGCUAUCGCCGGGAUCGACGCCACAUUUAACACCCUCUACGUCCGACCUGUUCCAGGCUCAUACAGUUUACUCAGCGAUCCAAAGCUACAUAUACUUGGAACUGCAAUGUUAAUAGUUUCGAUAUGGAUGCUGGCAGCCUCUAUUUACGAAGGAUACUUGGAACGUCGCUAUCAAUACAAGGAGCAAAAAGAUCUCGAAGUGGCCAACAACAACCACAAGCCAACUCCCAAUACUCAGCAGUCCACUGAAAGUUCAGAGGAAGACCUUAGAGAUCGUGAUAUUCGACGGGAACCUUGUGGGAUGUGGUCAGAAAUCUUAUUAUCGUUCUCUAUACUAUCGAACGGUCGAGCGAUUCUUGGUACCCAACGACCUAGCGACGGUGCACUAACCUGUCUACAUGGCAUGAGGUUCAUGUCUGUAUUAUGGGUGAUAAUGGUACAUACGUACUUGACCAUUUUCUUCAUCGCGGACAACAAAACGAUGAGGGUUGUGACGGAACGCAAUUUCCUCUACCAAUCCGUUGGCAACGCCUCCUACUGCGUCGACACCUUCUUUUUCAUCAGUGGAUUGCUCGUAACUGUACUAUUCUUGAGGAGCGAAGAAAAAAAGGCUAAGAGAAAAAAUGCUAAAAUGCCGGAACGAGUCGACAAAGAAAUGAAUAAAAAUGUAAACGGGUACACGAAUUCUGCAUUAUCGGUGUCUGUCAUAAGCCAGGAGUCUUUUUACGAGGAUAUGCUCGAUAAGCCGACAACGAAGGGUUACUCGAAGCAGGAAAUCGUACGAAUGACAAGGUCUUUCUUCGUCAUGUUUUCCUAUCGUGUUGUGAGACUGACCCCGGCUUAUGCCUUUGUUAUCGGCCUAAACGAGCUGGUCUUGCGUUACACUUACGAUCACACGGUAUUUGAACCGGCGAUUUUCGACCACAUCACGUGUGCCAAAUACUGGUGGCGAAACGUGCUGUACAUAAACAAUCUGUUCCCGCAAAAAGACAUGUGUAUGGUAUGGUCGUGGUAUAUGGCGAAUGACACGCAAUUCUACGUCGUCGGUAUAAUAUUACUAUUGAUAUCAGUAAAACACAUGAGGCUCGCAAUGGUGACUCUAAUUCUGGUAAUGGUGAGUUCAUGGGCAACCACUAUCUACGUGUCGGUGUGGCACCAAUACAAAGCUCGGAUACAAGAGCCCUUCGAAAUGUUCGACCCCCUUUAUGACAAGCCAUGGUCACGAAUCGGUCCUUAUCUAGUCGGAAUGAUGGUGGGGUGGUACUUGUAUAAAACCAGAUGUCAGAUCCGUAUCCCUUACUGGGUUGUAGCAAUUGGGUGGCCUGCAUCACUUGUCAUUAUUACCAGUCUCAUCUUCGGCAUGGUAGACGGUUACUUUGAAGUUUGGCCCACAGCCUUUUAUGUCAGCAUUGGGCAUACAGCAUGGGCCGUAGCGUUGGCGUGGAUAGCAAUAGCGUGUUGCUGCGGCUACGGAGGCCUCAUAAAUUCGGCCCUCUCGUACCGCGGCCUGCUGCCUCUCAGUCGGCUCACCUAUUGCGCGUACCUCGUGCACCCGACCAUUAUGAUGUACACGUCGUUCCUUCUUGAUGGACCUCUGCACCUGCAAAACUCUAUGGUUCUCGUGAUAUACGCGGGGUAUGCAGUGAUGGCAUUCCUGGCAUCGUUCGCUAUCUCGCUGGCAUUUGAGGCGCCGGCUGUGAGGCUCAUCAAGAUCUUCAGCGGGGGCAAUAAGGGUCAAAAAUCUACUAAGUAGAGCCGUUGCGGGAUAAAUAUAUCCCGCAACGUAAUGUUAUCUAGUAAAAGAACACCACUAUCGAAAAUCUGAAAACCUCAAAACAAAAUAGGCCCAAUAACACUUUUGUGAGAGUCACAUUUUCCCUAGUAGGUCUGAUUGUCAUGUAACAGCCUAUGGAGACCUUUGUUAGAAGAAGUGAAUCUAAGCUUUAAAAUAAGGCCGGUAAUGUUACUUACAUUUUACUAUAUCGUAACAGUGAUCGGUAUAUCGGUACUUGAAAAUGACUUUCCGACUUGGGGCUUACAAAUUUUAUUAUGGGUACAUUACGAUACUACUCGUGUAAAACACGAGAAAUCGUGGUGUGGAUUUUUGUGCUUGUAGUAGUCGCCUAAGAGUUUCAAAGAUGACUGCAUGUGACUUAAUUUCUAUUUAUAAAUAUACGUAGGUACAAUCCAGUAUUUUUUAUUUGU